AUGGACGAGUUCGACAUGUACCGCGAAAUGUGCGCGAAUCGUCUUCGCCGCCUCGAGCGCUACAAAAAAGCGAAAAGCUUUUGCAGUCUCGAGGACGCCACCGCCACCAAUGGUGAAGUGCCGCCGACACCCAAAGACGCCGAAUCAACGCCAUCGACAUUCGACGCGAUUCGUGAGAAAAUGUUCUCUCUAAUGGAGAACGACAUGAGCCUCCUGCAGCAGCUGCUCACGCUUAGCGAUCAAGUCAGCGAGAUCAAGAAAGAGCGAUUGCGGCGUGCCGUCUCGCACAACAGCGUCGAUUAUGACGAGGAGGAGGACGAUGAUGAGAAGGAGGAUCGUUUUGAAACAUUCUCCACGUCGAUGUCAGCCGUCACCAAUCUGUACGUUGACGAUGAUCGCCCGCAAUUCUUCUCACGUCAGAACUCGGUGCUGCGAAUUCCGAUUCCGCCGCGGAGCAGCAAUCGAUUCGGACCGAGGCGCGUGAUUCGUCGGCCUUCUGAUGUGCUACCGAGACGCACCGUGCUUCACGUCAACAGCGAAGAAUCGGACUCAUCUUCAGAUGCCCACUCUCCGACAUCAGUGACCUACAGUACAUCAAACGCUUCGACCGUCUCAAUUCCGCCGAAAAAGAAUCGCUCGUCAAAUUCGUCGAUCGACUCUGGAAUCGAACCCCAAACACCGUCGCCGACUUUUGAGAGAGAAGUUGCCUGA